GUUUAUGGAGAGAGAUAUCAUCUCGUCAGAGAAUCGUCCGGUCUGCUUAAACUCUCUAAUAAUAUGAACGAAGUGAGAAUGGAUUCGCAAGAAACCACGAGCAACGCGGCCGAAUCUCCCUCGAACCGCGAAUUAAAUGUGGUAAAGCCAAAUCCUCCAUUACCGACCGUGUAUCGGGCGAGACCGCAAGGUCCACCUGGAUUACCAAGGCACCCUGUAAAUAAUGGUCCCAUAGGACGACCGGGCCACGGGCAGCCUCAAAUCCGUUUCGACAAUCGAUCGGCCCCAACAGGGCCGAGCAAUCAUCAGUUCGUACAGCUGAGACCGUACCCGGCCCCUCCAAGGCCACCCGGUGCUCCUUACCCCCAGAAACCGGCCCAACAUCCGCCCAACAUCGUUCCGCGUUUCCCACAAUCGCAAUUGCAACGUCCACCAAGACCACCGCCCCCCCAUCCUGGAAAUUAUCGAGCGCAAAAGUUCCAAGGAGGCUUGCAACGACCCCAACAACCGAGACAGGAAUAUCCUCAGCAACGAAGCCAGGAUUCGCAGCUGGCGAGAUCGCGGGAAAUCGCGCAGUUGCAACGAAAUGAGUCGUUGUUGAACAUUGGCUGCCGACAGAACUUGGAACAGAGGCGGGAAGAGGGGAAACAACAGGUGGCGCGAGCACUGUCGGUCGACAAAAUGGCGGACGUGGACAACUCGAAGAAGGUGCAACAGUUCGAGAAGGAGAGAAGCGAAUUGAGGGAGAACGACGACGACGACGACGUCGUGAUGGACGGGAAGUCGCCCCGAGCUAACGGCGACGUUUCUGACGAUUUGAUCGAGGCCAAGUUGUUGAGAAGCGACGUCCAGCCGGUGAGGAGACCUGAAACCGCGACGAUAAACGGGAAAAUGGCCGACAAACCGGAUGUGGUCGCGGAGAAGAAGAUCGAGAAACGUGUUAAAGAUUCGAACGUGGCCGAAAGUGACAACAGAUUGUCCGGGAAAUUGGACGAGGAAACGCAUAAAAGAUCGCUGGAUAAGGAAGACGUUGAUAAUCAGAUGGACGAGCCGGAAAGGAAGUUGCUGAAAGACCAAAAUGAAAAGGAGAACUCGAAUAAGGAAAAUUUCGACGCGAGGCCAAUGAUCGAUGCGAAUCCAGUCGACAAAGAUCGAGUCGGGAAUUCGAUUGAAAAGGAUGAACACGACACGAAAUUGACGACACAGGUUCAUGCGAAUUCCUCGUCCACUCUGGACGUCAAAGAUCGGAUCGAGAAGGAGAGCGGCUUGAGCAAGGAAAGCGGCACCAAAGUGACGAUACAAGCUGAUAUGCAUUCUUCAUCCGUUUCGUUUGUCAAAGAUCAAAUGGAGAAAGAGAAGAGUUCGAAUAAGAAGGGUGACGAGAAAACACAGAUUGACGCGAAUUCCGUUCCACCUGUCGAAGAAAAUUUAAAUAAGGAAAGUAAGGACACGAAAGUGACGACACGAGCUGAUACGCAUCCCAUUCCAGCUGUCGUGGAAGACAAGGUUAGUGCGUCUGUCGAAAAAUCUGCUAGCGAAGAAAAGAAGCAGACUUCACCAGAAAAAUCGACGAAACCAGGCGAGGAUAAUAGUCAACAGACGCAAGCUUUAUCCAAGCCAAGUCCUGACAAAUCUCCAAUGAAACAGGAGUUGAACACGUCUGCAUCUCUCGAUAAAUCGAGUCAAAACGAGGAAGAAACGAAAAAACCUGGGGAACAAUCGAAAGAGGAAUCGACGAAGGUGCAGAAGAGCAGAGAGGAGCUGAAGACGCCACAAAGCGAUUCGCGCGCAACUACGCCAAAGAACGAGGAAUCGAAGGAGGAUCGAAAGAUGGAGAAGGAGAAGGAGCCAGAGGAGAAAAUCGAUUCGAAGCCAGAAAUUGAAUCAGAAAUGAAGUCAGAGGAUGCGUCGAAGGAUAAAGACGAAGAGGAAUCGAAAGCAUCCAAGGACAGGUCGAUGGAGACGAGCAAGGAGGAGGCAGAGAGCAAAGAAGUGCCUAAGUCUUGGGGAAAAUCGUUGGAUCCUGUUCAUUCUCCAAAGGAGAAAGAAUCGAGCGAUCCAUCUGCGAAUUUGGUCGAAGAAAAUGUCUUGAAAAAUUCUGACAAAGAAUCUUUGGAACAGAAAAGUGUCGCUGCGAGUCGUCCUGCUUCUGGAAGCAAGGAAGCAAGCGAGACGAAAGCUCCGCUAUUAUCAGAGGAUCGAGAGGAGGUUGCAGAAUCAACAUCGUCGCCUUCAAAGUCUCCCGAGGAAGGUACGAAGAGUUUCGACAAUGGGCAGCAGAGGUCGUUGUCGAUAAAAUCUUCGCCGAGUCAAAGUCUUCGGUCGCCUGUCUCCCCCAAAUCGCCUAUCGACGACAAGAAACUGAAGGAAGGAGAGGUGAAAACUGAGGGGGGAAAGGAUGAGGCUAAAACGACACCUGAAACGAAAAGUUUGUCGAAAUCGGCUACGCCUAAACGCGCGCCCACGUCUGGUAAACAGGAUAAGAAAUCGAGAAAGAAGUCUUCUACGACACCAGAAGUAGAAAACGGCAGUGUAACAAACGAAUCGGUUCAAUCCAAUGCGGAACCAACGACGAAUGGAGUUGAGGAUUCACCGACGAAAAAGUCACCCUCUAAGACGAAGGAAGCCGAUAAAAGAUCGACAGCUGGAUCACCUGUAAAAUCGCCAAGUAAGUCCGUCAAAUCGUUGCCAAGAACUCCAGAUACUCCUUCGUCGACAACUGCUUUGGAGAAGAAAAAACUGCCUAUGAACAAAAUUCAAGUAGGAUCGGCGCCUUCUCCAAAUCUGAAAACAGUACGAUCGAAAAUCGGCUCGUUGGAAAACGCAAGUUACAAACCAGGUGGUGGAAAGGUGAAAAUAGAGAACAGAAAGCUCGACUUCAGUAAAGCGCAACCGAAAAUCGCCGCGAAAAAUGAGAAAUAUACACCCAGUGGUGGCGAUAAAAAGAUCGCCCAGAUUAAGCUUCAAUGGAAUGCAAAACCAAAAGUCGGAUCAUUGGAAAAUGCAACGUACAAACCUGGUGGUGGAGACAAAAAAAUAGAGACAGUGAAACUUGAUUUCAAGGAUAAAGCAAAACCGAAAGUAGGCUCGAAGGAAAAUGCCAAACACAUUCCUGGCGGUGGUAGCAUUAAAUCAUCGGCAACACCACCUAAGACGCCACAGGAUACGAACAACGACAUUCAGACACAAAAAAUUGACAUCAAAGCUGAGAGUAAAAUUGGCUCCUUAGACAAUGUGAAGCAUAAGCCAGGAGGUGGCGAUAAGAAAAUCUUCAACGAUAAAGAAUACCUUCGACAAACUGGUACCAAUCCUGAAAGCCUUUGUGGCAGUGGAUCACAGGAAAAUACAGUUGAAGAGAUUAAUUCUUCUCUUGAACAGACAAAAGAUGAUUUACCACAACCACCACCAAGUACACCAACAAAAAUACAAAACCUACCAUCACCGUCUUCUAUAAUAACUCCUAAAGCAAUCAGAAGUAGUUUGGCUAAAUCUCCUGAAAUAGGGUCAAAAAAAAAUUCAUCGUCUCUUGAAACUAUAGAGAAGGAAGAUAAAAACAAGAAAAAUCUAAGUUCAGAAGAUAAAAAUAUAAUGAAAAACAGAACAGCAAAGUCUCCUAUAAUUUCGCAUUCUCUUAAUAUUUCUCAAGCAAAGAGUCCAGAAAAUAGAACAAUGAAAUCACCUACUUCUUCACACGUUCUUAAUAAUUCUAAACCAAAAAGCCCAGAAGAUAGUCCAACGAAAAUACCUACUUCUUCACGUCCUUCCAGUAGUUCUCGAUUGAAAAAUCCAGAAGAAAAAAAAUCAUCUACUUCUCCACGUUCUUCUGAUAAUUCUUCAUUAAAAACUCCAGAGGAUAAAACAAUGAAAUCACCUAUUUCUCCACAUUCCGCUAAUCUUCAAGUAAAAAGUCCAGAUAAAUCUGCCUCUCACAUGUCUGGAAAAAUAUCGCCAAAAGAGUUACGGCUUCCAAAAUUGGCACAUUCUCCUAUACCACAAGAAAUUACUACAGUUCCUGAAGCAAAAAUUAAUUUACCAAAAUUGACCGAACGUAUUACGCAUUAAAUUAUUUUUCAAAUAUUUGAAAAUAAACUUAUUAAUUAUUAAGAG